GACCACGCCUCUACCACUCCUAGCGAGUACUGUGUAUGUACUAAAUUCUAGCGAGUAGAUUUAGAUAAUGGAAAGAGAGCGAUAUUUCAGCGUACCAAAAAUAUCUUGCCGAAUUGCCACUAUCCGAGUCCCGAGUCCCGAUUCCCAACCUUCUCCUUCCUAUGAGACAUUGUUCCCGUUUUCUCUGAUCUUCCAAACACAUUCUUCGAAACGAAAAAUCUUACCACGGAUCGAAGCAACGUUACUUUUCGAAUCCAAGAUUCGAAUAAGCUACUCUAAUAACACUCGAUUUGGUUGAUUACUCACGUUUGUUAUCCUGUUUGAGGAGGAAUAGAAGAACAAGAAUCUGCAUCUGCGAAUUUCUUAUGGAGAAGAAGAAGAGGGAGUUCCAAUUCGGAGGUGGUAAUGGUUGUGGGAAUGAGGAUGAAAGAGUUCUUCUAUGGGAGGAUGGGCUGCCGGAUGUUGAGAAAUUAACCCCUCUUUCUCAAUCGUUAAUAUCGCAGGAACUCGCUUCGGCGUUUAGGAUUUUGAUGGAACCUCAUCGGAGUAUCUUAGACGUUAAUUCGGCAUCGAAGAUGACGAUAAUGAAUAUUCGUGAUGGACAGUCAGAAGGAUACAGGAGUUUUGAGUUUAAGUACGAUCAGACGCGGAGGGAAGACGUUGUGAUGGUUGAAUCAGACGAGGGGAUAAAUCCAGAUGAUUUGGGAUCUGAUUCGCGGAAAUUGAGGAGGGUUGAUUGUGUUGAAGAGACGAAUAUAGCACCUCGAGCGGAGAGUUUGAUUGAGGAUGCUGCAUUGGCUCGAACCUUGAAGCGACCUAGGCUCGCGUGGACUCCACAAUUACACAAACGGUUCGUGGAUGUGGUUUCUCACCUAGGGCUUAAAGACGCAGCUCCCAAAGCUAUUAUGCAAAUGAUGAAUGUGGAGGGAUUGACUCGUGAAAAUGUUGCUAGUCAUCUUCAGAAGUAUCGACUUUACUUGAAGAGGACGCAGAUUUCUUCAACGACUGAUGAAGCUCUUGUUCCGAUGCCCGUAACGCAGAACGCUCACGAUUCUUCUCCCAGUGCCGCCGAUUCACAUGGAAACGACUGUUUUCCGGCUACUUUUCCGAUGACUUAUAUGCCAUCUCCUAUGAUGCCUAUGAUGUUUUAUGGUAUGGGAGCUCACGGCCAUGGUCUUAGUCAAACGGCCAUGCCAAUGGUUAACCUAACCAAUGUACCUACUCAUUCGUGUAGCACGAAAGGGCAGCAUGAUUUAUAGAAUUGACAGCUGACAAGUAGGGUUCGAUUUGGAUUUGGCCUUUUAUUUUGUUCUUAAUCCAAACUCGAAAUGAUAAAUGAAGUUAGAGAAGAUUUCAUCUUGA